AUGGCGCUUCCCACCAAGCUUGUGGCUUUUCAGAAGUUAGUCUCUGCACUGUUGGAAUACCGACCCCGUAACUUUCCCCAUCAGGAGACGGGUAGUCCGCAGAUCGACCGCAUUAGCAUCUUGCCUUUCGUUGUGAGAGACGAAGGUAUCUCCUUGGCCAGUGACUGA